UGGUGUUCCUUAGUCUCAAUAUUCCUAACAAUGGAGGAUUUCUAUUGAUGCUGGAGGAAAGGGGCAGCGAGGGGAUAAAUCAGCAGGGGCAGUGGAUUCCAGCUUUGCUACUGAUCACCUGAUCACUUUCGUAUGAGCAGAUUCACCUUCAACACUAUUAGAGAAGCGCCUUGCUGACGGCCGGACUGGACUGGACUCCCUGAUGCUCCAGGUGUCUCUUGCGUCCCUGCCUGCCCCUGUUUUUCUCUAGUUCUGGGAUUAUGUGCUGCAAGAUUUGUGUUUUUUAGUCUAGUUUAGAACCUCGUCAGUGCUUGGAGCGAGUACAACCAAAGAUGAGCGUCAGAAGUGAAGACGUGGAGAAGUUCCUGGACGGACGUCCAGAAUUCGCCAAGAAGUAUUUCGAGAAGAAGCUCAAGCCCGGAGCCGUGGCCUCCGUUUUGGGGACGGCAGAGUCCAAGGUGGACGUGGACACCUUCAAGCAGGUCUGCCAGAUCGAGGAAGGAGCCAUAUUUUACGAUUUGAUCAAAGACAUGCAGGAGAACAUCAACAUGGAGAAGGUGGUUUUCAAAAUCCUGAAAAGGCUAAGCGCUCUGAUCCACGCCGACUGCUGCAGCCUCUUCAUGUACCGGCAGAGAAACGGCAUCGCCGAGCUGGCCACACGACUCUUCAACGUCAACGCCACCUCAACCAUGGAAGACUGCGUGGUUCCUCCCGAGUCUGAGAUCGUGUUCCCUCUGGACAUCGGCAUAAUAGGGCACGUUGCCCAAUCCAAGAAAACCAUCAACGUGAAGGAUGUUAGCGAGAAUAGUCACUUCAGCCCGUUCGUAGACGAGCUGACGGAAUACGCCACCCGCAACAUCCUGGCCACACCCAUCAUGAACGGCAAGGACGUGGUGGCGGUCAUCAUGGCCGUCAACAAGACUAAAGGACCGCAUUUCACAGACGACGAUGAAGAUCUUUUUUUGAAGUAUCUGAAGGUUGGUACACUAAACCUGAAGAUUUACCACCUGAGCUACCUGCACAACUGUGAAACACGUAAAGGCCAGAUGCUCUUGUGGUCCGCUAACAAAGUGUUUGAGGAGCUCACAGACAUCGAGCGACAGUUCCACAAGGCGCUGUACACGGUGCGAGCGUACCUCAACUGCGAUCGCUACUCCGUCGGCCUGCUCGACAUGACCAAGGAGAAGGAGUUUUUUGAUGUCUGGCCGGUGCUGAUGGGAGAACAGGCCCCGUACUCCGGCCCCGUGACUCCAGACGGGAGGGAAAUCAUCUUCUACAAGGUCAUUGACUACAUAUUACACGGCAAAGAGGACAUCAAAGUCAUACCAAAUCCAACUCCUGACCACUGGGCACUGGCGAGUGGACUCCCCACCUACGUAGCAGAGAGUGGGUUUAUCUGCAACAUCAUGAACGCACCAGCGGAGGACAUGUUUAAAUUUCAGUCAGAGGCUCUUGAUAGCAGUGGCUGGACCAUUAAAAACGUGCUCUCACUGCCCAUCGUCAACAAGAAGGAAGAAAUCGUCGGAGUGGCGACUUUCUACAACAGGAAAGACGGGAAGCCGUUCGACGAGCAGGAUGAACAACUGAUGGAGGCUCUGACCCAGUUCCUGGGCUGGUCGGCACUCAACACAGACACCUACGACAAGAUGAACAAACUGGAGAACAGGAAGGACAUCGCACAGGACAUGGUGCUGUACCACGUCAAGUGCCGAGACGACGAGAUCCAGGACAUCCUUAAAACCAGAGAUGUUUUUGGAAAAGAACCGAAGGACUGUGAAGAAGAAGAACUCUGGCAGAUUCUGAAAAAAGAACUCCCAGGGAAAAACAAAUUUGAGAUCUACGAGUUCCGCUUUUCCGACUUUGACUGCACGGAAUUGGAACUGGUGAUGUGCGGGAUCCAAAUGUACUACGAGGUCGGAGUCGUGAAGAAAUUCCAGGUCCCUCAGGAGGUUCUGGUGCGCUUCAUGUACUCUGUGAGUAAAGGCUACAGGAAGAUCACGUAUCACAACUGGCGCCACGGCUUCAACGUCGGACAAACCAUGUUCACCCUGCUCACGACAGGCCAGCUGAAGCGGUACUACACAGAUUUGGAAGUCAUGGCCAUGAUCACCGCCGGAUUCCUCCAUGAUAUCGACCACCGGGGCACAAAUAACCUCUACCAGGUCAAAUCCCAGAAUCCACUAGCAAAGCUUCAUGGCUCAUCUAUUCUGGAGAGGCAUCACUUAGAGUUCGGCAAGUUUCUGCUCUCUGACGAGUCCUUGAACAUUUUCCAGAAUCUCAACAGAAGACAGAUGGAUCACGUUAUUCACCUCAUCGACAUCGCCAUCAUUGCGACCGACCUCGCCUUGUACUUCAAGAAGAGGACUAUGUUCCAGAAAAUCGUAGAUCUCUCAGAGACGUAUGAGGAUGAGAAGCAGUGGGUGGAGUUCCUGUCCCUGGAAACAACAAGGAAGGAGAUUGUAAUGGCCAUGAUGAUGACAGCUUGUGAUUUAUCAGCCAUCACCAAACCAUGGGAGGUUCAGAGCAAGGUGGCGCUCUCGGUAGCAGCCGAAUUCUGGGAGCAGGGUGAUUUAGAGAGGACCGUUCUUGAACAGCAACCAAUCCCCAUGAUGGACAGAAACAAAGCGGCCGAGUUGCCCAAACUUCAGUGUGGUUUCAUCGACUUUGUCUGUACUUUUGUCUACAAGGAGUUCUCUCGGUUCCACAAGGCCAUCCAGCCCAUGUACGACGGCAUCCUGAACAACAGGAAGGAGUGGAAGGCCCUGCAGGACGAAUACGAGGCGAAGCUGAAGGCAGCUGAAGAGGAAGCGAAGGCGAAGGCAGAAGCGCAAGCAGCCAAAAAAGCUGCCAUCAACAAUCCAUCAUCAGGAUCCAAGACCUGCACAAUCGGCUAGAACGAAAGGACCUAAACGGAAGAACAGAAUAUUUAGGAUACGUCUCAGUGACUAAAGGUGAUGUUUUGGGUGAGAACCCCAGAACACAGGGACCCUGAGAAACUCCGGGAGCGACAGACACAAUCACAGACACACAUUCCCUAGUGAGCAACCACGAUCUGAGGGUCCGACUCCCAUAAUUCACCUCCUAUUUAAACCUCUUGUUUCUGAACACGUUCAGAAGUGUUGGGACGUAGUUUCCGGUUCAAUUUCAUUAACGUCGGGAUCAGAUACAAUUCCCGUGCAAAAGUUUAGACACCCCUGAUCAAAUGUAUGUGUUUUAUUGUCCUUAGUGGAAAUACGUUUGUUCAUUUUCUACAGGGAUGUGAAAUAUUCCCUAAAUAUUCCCCUAAUUUAGUCGUAUCCAAUUACCCUGAUUGAGUUACGCUUCACCUCUACCGAUACAACCCUCCACUGCUGACUGAGGAGCGCCGCAACUGACACCCCCCCCCUCCGACACGUGUGCAAUACCGACUGCAUGUGUUCACCUGCACGAGGCAAGUUCAUAUGCAGAUCAGCGUUGUGUGCGGAGAGACACACCCUGACAGCACUCUUUUCCCAUCUCUGUGCAGGCGCCAUCAAUCAGCCAGCAGAGGUCGUAAUUGCACCAGUCAUGAGGGAGAAACCCCACCCGGCUUAGUCCCGCCCAUAUCUGAACAACAAUCGUUGUUCAUGUGGCCGCUCAGCCUUAGCCGGCAGGCAGAGCUGACAUUCGAUACGAUGGAUUCGAGAUCCCAGCUCUGUUUCCAGCGUUUGUUUUUACUGCUGUGCCACCUGACCGGCCAAUAUUCAAUUUUUUUCUCUCCUAAUUUAGUCGUAUCCAAUUACCCUGAUUGCAUUACGCUUCCUCUGUACCGAUACAACCCCCCACUGCAGACUGAGGAGCACCGCAACUGACACAUGCCCCCUCCGACACGUGUGCAGUACCGACUGCAUGUGUUCACCUGCACGAGGCGAGUUUAUAUGCGGAUCAGCAUUGUGUACGGAGAGCCACACCCUGAUCAGCAUCAUUCCUUGACUCCGCAAGGUCAUAGCUGCAUCAGUUAUGAGGAAACCUGGUCCGGCCGAUCCCAUCCUGUGUAAACAACAGCCAAUCAUUGUUCAUGUAGGCACCCAGCCCAGCCGGAUGGCAGAGCUGAGAUUCAAAACGAUGCGUUCGAAAUCCCAACUUUGGUGUGCUAGCGUGUUUUACCGUUGUUCUAUUUUUAUUCAUUUUACUGCACACUUAUUAUUGUUUAUUAGCCAAAUUUAUUUUACUGGACACUCGAACGUACAGAAAUGUGUCCCAUAAAGAGGAUGUGUUCUUAUAUUUAUGUAGAAAAUUAACAAAACCUACAUUUAUCAGGGGUGUCCAAACUUAUUUAUAAGACAGUAUGUUUUAAAGGCAAAUCUAGAUAUGGGUCGUGUCUAAUAGCUGAGAGUUUACACGUGUUAACACUGUUAUUAUUAUUACUAGCACUCACACCGACCAGGCAUAACAUUCUGACCACUGACAGCAAGUGAACAUUUUAUCCUCAACGUUUGUUAGAAGCAAAGAAAAAUGGGCGAGCGUGAGGAUCUGAGCCAGUUUGACGAGGGCCGAAUUGUUAUGGCUAGACAACUGGGUGAGAGCAUCUCCAAAACUGCAGCUCUUGUGGGGUGUUCCCGGUCUGCAGUGGUCAGUAUCUAUCAAAAGUGGACAGGCUCAUGGGCGGCCAAGGCUCAUCGAUGCACGUAGGGAGAGAAGGCUGGGCCGUGUGGUCCGAUCUAACAGACGAGCUACUGUAGCUCAGAGUGCUGAAGAAGUUCAUGCUGGUUCUGAUAGAAAGGUGUCAGAAUACACAGAGCAUCACAGUUGCAGGGGGACCAACACAAUAUUAGGAAGGUGGUCAUAAUGUUAUGCCUGAUCAGUGUACAAGUCUCUAGAUUUUGUACAGAUCUAAUCUCUUUAUAGCACUGAAGCUUAACGAUAAACUGUAUUUUUUAUUCGUUUAUCUGUAUCUUGGAUGCAUCACAUGCUUUGAUGAAAGGCUCGACUACUACUGUACUUCUGUAGUGCUGUAACUCGUAGGAAAUAAAUAUAUUUAUAUACUUUUGGAAAAUGUCCU